UCGCCCUUUGCAGCCCCCUUCCCAGCCCAUACCAGCUGGGGCUGAGGGGAAAGCAGGGCCGCCCCGCCCCUCCCGCUAGCCCCGCCCCGGCUGUCAGGGACGAGAAAGCCCCGCCCCCGGUCAGGCGCGCGCAGCCUGGGCCGAGCACUGCCUCCUGGCCCUUGCACCCGACCCUCCGCCUGCCGCCUCCAGAACCACCACGCGUCUUGCAGACUGCGGCUUCGGCCUGGGAGGAGAGAGCGACAUGGCGGCGGCCAAGUCUGAGAACCUCUCCGUGGUGGUGCACGGACCCGGGGACCUGCGCCUGGAGAACUAUCUUAUCCCUGAACCAGGCCCCAAUGAGGUGCUGCUGAAGAUGCAUUCCGUUGGAAUCUGCGGCUCAGAUGUCCACUACUGGGAGCAUGGUCGAAUUGGGCAUUUUGUUGUGAAAAAGCCAAUGGUGCUGGGGCAUGAAGCUUCAGCGACGGUCGUGAAAGUGGGAUCAUUGGUACAGCACCUAAAGCCAGGUGAUCGUGUUGCCAUUGAGCCUGGUGCUCCCCGAGAGACUGAUGAAUUCUGCAAGAUUGGCCGAUACAAUCUGUCGCCGUCCAUCUUCUUCUGUGCCACACCCCCCGAUGACGGGAACCUCUGCCGGUUCUAUAAGCACAAUGCCAGCUUCUGCUACAAGCUUCCUGACAAUGUCACCUUUGAGGAAGGGGCCCUGAUUGAGCCGCUGUCUGUGGGAAUCCACGCCUGCCGGCGAGGUGGAGUCACCCUGGGAAACAAAGUCUUUGUGUGUGGAGCUGGGCCGAUCGGACUAGUCACUUUACUCGUGGCCAAGGCAAUGGGUGCGGCUCAAGUGGUGGUGACUGAUCUGUCUGCCUCUCGGUUGUCUAAAGCCAAAGAACUCGGGGCUGAUUUCAUCCUCCAGAUCUCCAAGGAGAGCCCUCAGGAAAUUGCCAGUAAAGUGGAAGAUCUACUGGGGUGCAAGCCAGAAGUCACCAUUGAGUGCACGGGGGCAGAGGCCGCCAUCCAGGCCGGCAUCUAUGCCACUCGUUCUGGUGGGACCCUGGUACUUGUGGGGCUGGGCUCUGAGAUGACCACUGUGCCCCUAGUGCACGCAGCCACCAGGGAGGUGGAUAUCAAGGGCGUGUUUCGAUACUGCAACACGUGGCCGAUGGCGAUUUCCAUGCUUGCGUCCAAGUCUGUGAAUGUAAAGCCCUUAGUCACCCAUAGGUUUCCUCUGGAGAAAGCUCUGGAGGCUUUUGAAACAUCCAAAAAAGGAUUGGGGUUGAAAGUCAUGCUGAAGUGCGACCCUGACGACCAGAAUCCCUGAUGUUAAUUGGGCUCUGCCCUUAUCCCCACCCUCUCAGCAUCUUGGGGCAGAAUGGCUGCCAAGGGUGGGCUUUGAUGCACAAGUUUCUUUUGAAUAGUAAGAAUAACUAAAAUAAUUCAUUAUAAGCAGAGAGCCUUGCCCAGAGGAGUUGAUGUGCCUUAAAAAUGGGGAUGGUUUUGGGGAACUUGUGGCCAGAAUGACCUGUUCUUGCUGAGCAAAGUUCAGCAAGUGGAGCAGAGCUUGGCAGGCAGGUGCUGGGAGCUCCCCUUCUUCCUGGAGAGCCGGAGUUGAGGGGGGAGGGAAUCUGCCCCUUGGGUUCCUGGUGCCACCGUGAUUGUGGCCUGGUGGGGGGUGGGGGAAAUUAUGAAGAGAGACCUUUAUCAAGAUUUAACUGGUGCAGAACCUGAUUUUCAAGAAAAUCUGCAGCACCGGGUCUGGAAUGAGGGAUUGCCCACAGUUUUUGUUUAGCGCAGUGUUUCUAGACAUAAAUGCUAUUUGGUUUGAUGACAAAAGGAGAAUAAGAGACUGACCUUCUGGGUCUAGGAUAAUUUUAAAACCCAUCAAACAAGUGAAACUGAAAUCCCAUGUGAGAGAUUUGGUUGCACUCCCUAAAUGUAGAAAUAGUCAGGGAACUUCUCAACGCUGCUUGAAGACAGCCUCCUCCGCUGCUGAGAAUUCUGUGUCACUUUGCAAGGUCAGGAACCGCCUUCCCAACACCCCCACCCCCACCCUUCUGCAGGUUCAGGGGCAGCCACUACAGGCUCCUUCCGCACUAGGUAACCAGGAGGCACCUGCCUAAGGACAGUCAUGGGGAGUCCUCAUGGAAGACCUUAAAUCUCUCCUCUGACUAGCCCAGGAGGGUUUGGUCAGUGCACCUGUCACCCACCCCACAGGAUUAACGUCUCCUCCAAGGCUCAUACUCACUGAUGAUUAUUAGACAAUUCCAUUUAAUUAUGAACAGAAAACCUCUCUCCUUCUCAUAGCCAGUUAAAGCUCUUUGGUAUCUUCCUGUCUAUUUGAAUGAUACCUCCAACUUUGUCUUAUUAAUUGUGGAGUUUUCCUGUGUAAGAUUUGGAUCCAAAUUACAUUAUGCCCAUUUGUGACUUUGAGAUUAUUAGUCAAGAAUGAGGAGACAAAAAAAAAUAAACAGAUAAAAAAAAAAAAAAGAAUGAGGAGACAGUGGGGCCGGCCUGGUGGUGUAGCGGUUAGGUUUGCAGGCUCUACUUCAGCGGCCCGGGGUUCACCGGUUUGGACCCCGGGGGCAGACCUACGCACCAAUUGUCAAGCCAUGCUGUGGUAGGCAUCCCACAUAGAAAGCAGAGGAAGAUGGGCACGGAUGUUAGCUCAGGGCCAAUCUUCCUACAAAAAAAAAGAAUGAGGAUAUAGAGUUCGUGGCAUAACUUGGGCUGCAGCCUUUAAUCCCUCACUUCAGCUGGGAGUGGAGGGUGAGUUUAAAGAGGUUUGAGUUUUCUUGUGAUUGGGGAAGGCCAUGCCCAGUGCCUAGACUUCCUCAAACUGCUUUGGGUAAUAAAUUCUGCUUGUAAUGCCUGACUGCUGCUGCCAUUUGUGCCCCUGUUGAGGGAGGAAUGGACUCAGCUUAAUCAUUUCACAAAAAGAAGGAUCCAGGAUUUUGAAAGUGACACAUUUUCUGCAUCAAAUAUAACUUCCUUGACUGUUGGGAAUUUAUGUUAAUGAUCUCUAAUCCUCAAACCAAGUUAAAUACAUAUGAUUAUUUUACAGCUGAGGAAAUAAAGAAAUCAAGCGUAA